CAUUAUAAGGUUUUACAGUCUUCAUGCCAUAAAUGCAAUUCUAAUAUCAAUAAGUCUUUAUGUAUAAGUUAUUGUUUUUGCCUAAAAAGGUUUAAUUAGGACGAUACAGGACUGACGGUUAAUUCUAAUUAAUGAUGCACUGGAAAUGUGCACCCCAAAAUGUUGCUGAGGAAGCUGUCAUAGGAAGAGGUUAUUAAUUUAGCAGAGCUGAACUUUAAAGGGAUCAUGACAACAUCUUGAUAUAAUGCUAUUAAAGUACACAACAAGUGUACAAAAGUAUUACAAAAUACAACCAGAAAUAAAAUUGUUAGUUUAAAAAAAAUUGUAUUAUAUUAUUACUUCUAUACAAUCUAUAAAUAUUAGUUAAAUCGACCGUAUUAUUCGACAAUUUCGUUACAAAUAACCCUUUCCUCAGGUUCUUGAGCAGCUCGUGCUUGUGCGCCCAUUUUUCCGACUGAACCCGAAGGCGUCGUGAGUUCACUGAAACAACCAGCAGGGGGCAACGAGAAGCGGAGACAAAACGCAGGAGCAGACACACAAACACACACAAUACCGGGGGCGAGCAGGGCGCCUAGACGUGGUGUGUUUGUGUGCGUGUGUGUGUGUGUGUGUGUGUGUGUGUGUGUGUGUGUGUGUGUGUGUGUGUGUGUGUGUGUGUGUGUGUGAGAGAGAGAGAUAAAGAGAGAGAGAGUGCAAGAGAGAGGCGGUAACCAGGCGACAGCAGUAUUCCAGCAGUGACGGUGGAGGGUUAACAGCAGACUCUACACAUGUGCCCGUGCCUCAGUGAGAGCACUGCGGCGCUGGAUCUGGACUCGAGCAGGUCCUACACCCAGCGAUCCCACAGGCAAGGAACAUGAAGAGCGUAGCUCCUCUCCGCCCCCAGCGGAAAGGCUAAGAGCAGACACCAUUCCUCCCUCCACCUUGCCUGCGUAGCCACCACCAUGGCCAGCAGGAGCCCCACGCCGAGCCGGAAAGACGUGGCUUCGGAGCCGGGGCCCCUCGAGGCCGGUGCUGUACACCCCGAGCCAGGGCCCAGGGCCUUCUGCAAGCUGUGCCUCAGCGAGCUGCCGUCCGCAGCCACAAGGGAGCUGCAGGGCUGCGACUGCGUCUUCUGCACAGCGUGUUUGGAGCGGUAUGUUCAGCUGGCCAUCAUGGAGGGUGGGGGUGCACCCAUCACCUGCCCAGAUAUGGCCUGCCUGAAAACCGGAGUGCUUUUGGACUCUGAGAUAGCGAGCUUGGCCCCUGAAGACCAGGUGGAGAUGUACCAGCGUGUGAAGUUUGAGCGAGGAGUGAAGUUGGACUCCAGUAAAGCCUGGUGCCCGGUGCUGGAGUGCCAGGCAGUGUGCAGUGUGCACCUAAGCACUGAGGGCCAGCCCCACGCCGUGCCCUGCCUCUCCUGUCACGCCGUCUUCUGCUCCGGGUGUCGAGGGCCCUGGCAGGGCGGCCAUAUCUGCCCAGAGCACGAGCCCAUGAUGUUGCCCGUGCCCUCUCACGAAAGCAGGGCCCGCUCCAACAGCGACUCUGACAUGCCCAUCAAGCAGUGCCCCAUGUGCGGCAUCUACAUCGAGAGGAACCAGGGCUGUGCACAGAUGCUGUGCAAGAGCUGCAAACACACCUUCUGCUGGUACUGUCUGCAGAAUCUGGAUGGUGAUAUCUUCCUGAGGCAUUACGAUAAGGGUCCAUGCAGAAACAAACUGGGACACUCGAGGGCCUCCGUUAUGUGGAACAGAACGCAGGUGGUGGGCAUCCUGGUAGGGGUCAGCCUCAUCGUGCUGGUGACGUCACCGCUCCUCCUGCUGGCCUCGCCAUGCAUCCUUUGCUGCAUCUGCAAGCCCUGCCAUGGGAAGAACAAGAACAAGAAGAAGACCAAGAUGCCGAAGGCGGACCUCAGCCAGCUGGACUCCUCCUCGUCGUAGCAGCUGCCCUUCCCGACCCAGGACGAAGCCCUGCAUGCCGGGGAAGGAGUGACUUCUUCACCAGUCGGCAGACCUGACGCCUCCUCUGGGGUUCAGAAAUCGAAAGAAUCCCUCUUGAGUUACAAUAGUAUGUGCUUUGUGUUUGCUGGAAGUGUAAAUAUGAGCAGAAUGAAUGUAGCUCACGUAGCUGUUUUCAGAUGGACAGGCCGUGAGUAAGGAGACAACGGCUCGGAGAGAUUUCCUGGAGAGGCCUUCUGUUAUCUCAAUCUCUUUAACUGUCACAGACACACACACACAUACGCACAGUUCAAAGGGCAACGUCACCCUCAUGUGCCAAACGUCAUGAUGCCAAACCAAGGUGUUAGGUGCUCAAGUGCCUGACUCUACAGUGCCUGGUGCCUGGUUCUAUUUGUUUUGCCUUCCAUUUUUUCCUUAUCUUAUGCAAAAAAUUUAGCAUCAUGAAAAUGGACACGGUUGAAUAGAUCCAUUAAUGUGAGAAGGAAAAGUGUUGUGUGUGCACUGUACAUUGUGUACAGAUGUGAAAUAUGAGCGGCUCCAAUGGUGCACCAACAACUCUUCUUCAAAUCUUUAUUUGUUUUCCCCCCACAUACGUUCCAGACCAAAGGCUUCUAAAGGGUAAUGUGUACUUUUCUAGAAUGUGUUUAUGUAUAUUUAUGGGUUACAUGUGUGUAUGGUAUACUGUUAUCAUUUCUACAUUUCUGUUCAUGUUUCUGUAUCAGAUAUUUUAUAAAGGCACCACUAUAAUUGAAAUAAACACACUGUGUUGAACAUG